CACUCUACACACGGCGCGUAAACGCAGGACGCACGCUGGUGUCGGAGCAGAGCAGCACAGAGCGGAGAGAGCAGCCGUGCCGCAGGAGCUGCCACGAACGCUCCUUUCCUCCACUUGUAUUUAUUAUCCACUUCCUUUUGUGCCUCUCUUUUUUUUUUUUUUUUUUAAGCUGUUUCUGACAGUCGGGUUGAGGUUUUCUGGAAAGCCGGAGAAGCAACCCUCGUGUGCGCAAAAAUACGCGAGGGAUCCAGGAGAGAGGGAGCUUGACGGGGGACAGGAGCCUCCGUGGGAACUUGACGCACCCGGAGCUGCUGGUCCGCCGCUCCGGAGCGCAGAUCCUCCUCCAGCUCCAAGACGCACGCUGCUCAAGGAGUUUGUUGGCUCGCUAUUCUUUUGGAUGAGGUUCACUGGCAUCCCUCAUCUAAAUGGACAGACGCGAAAGGACAGAUUUUUCUGACUUUCCUCUAUGACAUACUUACAGGUUCCACACUGAUGGUUUGAUUAACGUGGUGGGAUUUUUAUCACAGUAGUUCCAACUGCUGCCAGCGGUUUUUCUGGUCCUGAACAAGGGUGGAUCUUCUUCUUUUUUCCCCAGGAACAUUUGCGUCUAUAUCUCGCACGGUGGACACACAAGACACUCAAAGCUCUUAAUUUUCUCUUCUUUUUUUUUUUUUUUACAUCAUCCAAGAUGGAUUUUGUGUCAUCGUUUAUUGGAUUUUUAAUGGUAAUGUGUCAUCUGGCGUUGAGAGUUAAAGGAGAAGAGGCAUCGGAUUGUGGAGGCUUCUACGAUGCCAGCAAGGCCGGUUACAUCACCUCCCCUGGUUACCCCAUGGAGUACCCCCCUCAUCAGAACUGCCACUGGAUCAUCACGGCGCCCGAGUCCCAGCGCAUCGUGCUCAACUUCAACCCCCACUUCGAGAUCGAGAGGCUCGACUGCAAAUACGACUUCAUAGAAAUCCGCGAUGGGACUUCGGAGACCGCAGACGUCCUGGGUCGACACUGCAGCAACAUCGCCCCGGCACCGAUCAUCUCCUCUGGGAACUCGCUCCAGAUCCGAUUCGUCUCCGACUACGCCCACCAGGGGGCUGGCUUCUCUCUGCGCUACGAGAUCUUCAAAACAGGUUCGGAGUUCUGCUUCCGCAACUUCACCAGCCCGUCUGGCAUGAUCGAGUCCCCGGGCUUCCCGGACAAGUACCCUCACAACCUGGAGUGCUCCUACAUGAUCAUAGCCCCGCCCCACAUGGACAUCACGCUCACAUUCCUGACCUUCGACCUGGAAAACGACCCCCUGCAGGUCGGCGAGGGGGAAUGCAAGUACGACUGGCUGGAGGUGUGGGACGGCCUGCCGCAAGCGUCUCCUCUGAUUGGCCGCUACUGCGGGACCAAGAUCCCUCCGGAGAUCCAGUCGUCCUCCGGCUUGCUGUCCCUCUCCUUCCACACCGAUAUGGCCGUGGCCAAAGACGGCUUCUCGGCGCGCUACAACAUGACACAGAAGGAAGUCACCGACCGUGAGUCAUUCCACUGUAGCACGGUGUUCGGUAUGGAGUCGGGGAAGAUCAGCGAUGACCAAAUCACAGCUUCCACCACCUUCUACGACAACCGUUGGUUGCCCCGCCAGGCGCGCCUCAACAAUGACGACAACGCCUGGACGCCGGCGGAGGACAGCAACAAGGAGUACAUACAGGUUGACCUUCAUUUCCUCAAGGUUCUGACGGGGAUCUCCACGCAGGGCGCCAUAUCCAAAGAGACUCAAAAGUCCUACUACGUCACCACCUUCAAAUUGGAGGUCAGCACCAACGGGGAGGACUGGAUGGUGUACCGGCAUGGCAAGAACCACAAGAUUUUCCACGCCAACACGGACCCGACCGAGCUGGUUCUGAACCGCGUCCCGCAGCCGGUGUUGGCCCGUUUCGUCCGCAUCCGACCGCAGUCUUGGAAGAACGGCAUCGCCCUGCGCUUCGAGCUUUACGGAUGCCAGAUUACCGGUGCCCCGUGUUCGAACCUGCAGGGCCUGCUGUCCGGACUUCUCCCCGACGCUCAGAUCUCGGCCUCCUCCACCAGGGAUAUGAUGUGGAACCCCGGGACGGCCCGACUCGUGGCUAGCCGCUCCGGCUGGUUCCCGGCGCCUGCACAGCCUCUGGCGGGGGAGGAGUGGCUACAGGUGGACCUCGGUUUGCCCAAGACGGUGCGCGGUGUCAUCACCCAGGGGGCACGGGCAGGAGACCCAGGAAGCGGAGUGACCACGGAUAACCGUGCGUUCGUUCGGAAGUACAAGGUGGCGCACAGCCUGAAUGGAAAAGAGUGGAACUUCAUCGGGGACCCCAAGACCAGCCUACCCAAGAUCUUCGAGGGAAACACACACUACGACACCCCAGAGCUCCGUCAUUUCCAGGAGACAAUGGCGCAGUACAUCAGGAUAUAUCCGGAGAGGUGGUCCCCAGCAGGGAUCGGGAUGAGAGUGGAGAUACUAGGAUGUGACCUUCCAGAACUCACCACCCCGGCAAACACGGCCACCCCAACUCCUCCCCUCGACCUGGAAACCACCACCAUCCCCUCCACGUCCACAGUGGCCGCCUCUUCUCCAGCAGACAGCGUGUGCGACUUCGACCACGGCCUGUGCGGGUGGAUGCACGACUCCAACGCCCCGCUGCUCUGGUCCCUCCACAGCCACGAGCUCACCAGCUACCUGUACCUGGAGGCGAGCCUGAAGACGGAGCAGCAGCGGGCCCAGCUCGUGAGCCCCGUCGUGUUGGCCGACACCGGCCCUCUGUGCCUCAUCUUCACCUACCAGCUUUGGGGGGAUGCCCAAGGCCACCUGCGGGUGCUGCUGCGGGACGCCCACCACGAGGAGUCCGUCCUGUGGACGCUGAGAGACGAUCAGGGGCCGGUGUGGAAGGAGGGCCGCACCAUCCUGCCUCGCUCCCCUAAAGACUUCCAGGUUGUGAUGGAGGGUUUCUUUGAGCACGGCACCAGAGGACACAUCUGGAUAGACAACAUCCACAUGAGCUCCAGCUCCCCUCUCAAGGAGUGUACACAGCCCAUCGCAGCCUUCUCGCCCGAAAACCCAGUUAAGAGACCCACGGAGUUUGGAGACGGGCGACUUUUCAGCGGCAGAAACCCUCCAGGCGGAGGUUUGCAGUUCCCAGAGUGGAACACGGCGUCGCCGUCAUCCGACCCUCCGGUGACGAGCGUCUCGGAGAAGGACAACUCGUGGUUGUACACCCUGGACCCCAUCCUGGUCACAAUCAUCGUCAUGAGCUCCCUGGGCGUCCUGCUGGGAGCCGUGUGCGCCGGCCUCCUCCUGUACUGCACCUGCUCCUACAGCGGCCUGUCGUCGCGCUCCUCCACCACUCUGGAAAACUACAACUUCGAACUGUACGACGGCCUCAAGCACAAAGUCAAACUCAACCAGCAACGCUGCUGCACCGAGGCAUGAGGGGAGGCGACGAGCGGGAGACGGAGCCGUCUUUCGUGAAAAAACCUCUCGCUACGUUCAUCGUUUCCACCGCUUCACUUAGUUGACUUCCUCAAGUGGUGCAGAUCACAACGAGGGUGUUGUUUGGAAAAAUGUGGCCCCGUCCAGUAUUGAUACUUACUUUUUUUGGGAAAUGAACCAAACAAAACGAGAGACUGGGGUUACCGCUAUGGACAUGCUCCGUUGCAGGGAUGUUAGGCCUCAAAAACUAAAUAUCAACACAUAUCAGCUCCAGAUUCGCGGUCCAUCGAGAGAGAACUGUUUAUAGAUGCAUUUUAGGUUGGUCUAGUUUGGAAACUGGAUAUUUUAAACUCCACAGCCAGAGAGUCGAUCACAUCGUGUUGGAAAGGUGGUAGGUUAGGAAUGUGCUUAGGAAGCGUAUUUUUUGAUCACAUGUGAACACAGUGGCCUAGAUCUUAGCUCCUUUGUGUGGUCGCUUGGCUCCUUUGUUCCGUCGUAGACCCUAUUACCCAUCAGCCUCAGUUACCCGCUUAGUUCCUGACGGUCUGUGGUGUUUGGAGUCACCGACAUCCCCCCGAGUUUCUGCUAAAUCGCUGUCUUUCUGUUUAAUGUUUUCUUUCUGGCCUGCUGCCAUUCUGUGAUGGAAGAUAAGUUGUGUGGGGGCUGGGCUGAAGAAAGUAUAUAUAUAUGUGUGUGUGUAGAGGUUGGGAGGGGGCUUUUUAACACAUUCUUUUAUUGACAGAGAGAUGUUAUGGUUAGAUUUAGUUCUCAGAGACUGUUGUUGCUGGUUCCUGUCAAAGAGAAGGUCAUGUUUACAUUGUGCUAAAUGUUAAAAGUUCAAGGAGCUUCGGGCGGUGCAACCUAUGGAUUGCUGGUUAGGUAGAGACUGAACCACUGAAGGAAGAGAAAUGAAGACAGAACGAGAGAGACUAUGACUGACGGAGCACUGAAACCCCCUGCUUCUCUCUCGCGGGGGGUGAUGUUCUCUCUGUGCUUUAAAACGAGAAAAAAAGGACAAAAAAGAAGCAACAAACCAGGCGCAGCUCCUCUUAAUCGACUGACUGUGUGUCCCGACACACAACAAGCCUUAAAAAGCAAACCGUUGUUGGAUA